GUUGUUAGGGAUUCAGCUCUCAUCUUCGCCUCUGAGAUCAUCUGAAUAACGCCAGGAAUAGGGAAGGCAAGAACAGAGAUGAGGCAUCCACAGGCAGCCCUGGACCCGACCAUAUAAAUCUAGGAGGAGGGUGGGGCAGGAGAGCCUGGGCUUCCCAGUUUGCUGGGCACGAGGCUGAGCCGGGGAAGCAGGAAGCAUUGGAGAAGACCGUGUUUUGCCUUCACUCCAGGUGGCCAUGACAGGUGCCAUGAAAGUGUCAAUUAUGCUCCUCCUAGUAACUGUGUCCGACUGUGCGGUGAUCACUGGGGCCUGUGAGUGGGAUGUCCAAUGCGGAGCACGCACUUGCUGUGCCAUCAGCCUGUGGCUGCGGGGGCUGCGGAUAUGUACCCCACUGGGUCAGGAAGGAGAAGCGUGCCACCCCAGCAGCCACAAGGUCCCCUUCUUCCGGAGACGCCAGCACCACACCUGUCCCUGCUCACCCAACCUGCUGUGCUCCAGGUUCCUGGAUGGAAGGUACCGCUGCUCCGUGGACUUAAAGAACAUCAAUUUUUAGGAGCUUGUCCAGGCUCAGAUGCCCACCAGGCCUCCUCCCGAGUCCAGCCUGGGGUCACCUCUUCUGGAUUGUUAUUUCUACCAUGCAGCCAGCCCCCCCACCCCAUCCCUCAGUCCUAUACUGCCCAUCUGGAUCUUUCCUGCCUGGUAUACAAGAGGGCACAUGGACCAGCGACCUUCACUAUGGCACAGUUGGGCCAGCCUGUGGUUGCUGGCCCUGAGAGGUAGCCAGCCAGCUUCUCUCCCCAGUUCAACCUUCCUGAGAGGCUGUGAGCUGUGGAGAGGACAUUGUCCUCCUCCCUGAGCCAGACAUUCCCCAGCACAGGCCCCUGGGGGCAUUGCGCUUGGCCCUCCGCCCUAUCAUGUGAGGUCUGGGAGGGCCAACCUGAGGAUGGUUCCUUCUCCUCUGUUGGAGUAACUCCUGAUUUUUAGACCACAGGCCUAAGGCCAGCUCUUCCCAGAGGGCAUAAGGCAGUCACCUGGAGUUGGGUGUGGGACUGCCGGUUAGUCAGGCAAGCCAACUUCCUCAUAACUCUAGUCCUGUGACCUUGGGCCAGCAAAGUCUCUAAAGCCCUUCCUAACACUUAGCUCCAGCCCCAGGGUUUCACCAUUACAAUGAAAAUGGUGGGGCCUAAUCUCAUUUGAUGUGGACAAUUUAGAAGGGGAUUAGGGAGUUUCCUUACACAACCCUUUUCCAAGGAUCAGUCCCAGUGAGCAAAUCUGCAACCUUGAGGCAGGUCCUCCCUCCCCUGCCUCGUUAUGGAGGAGCAGGGCCCUCUGGCUUCCAAUAAAAGAAGGAUCCAAACCAA